AUGCAGCGAUAUGGCCAAGAAGCCUUUUUGCGCCUUUUUAUUAACCCAGCCUACUUUCUCUUCAGACGGGGCUAUAACGUCGGCAUCAUCUUCAGCCUCUACGAGAUCUUCAUUGUCCUGGUGGCCCUAGGCUUGGCACUCGGCGUGGUUCUGGCUGUUGGUGGUCUCGCCUACUGCCAGCUACGCAGCAUCGCCCGCAACGAGACGGCCAUUGAAAGUUGGAUCAAAACUAAGGCAAGACUAGCAUACACUGCCUAG